UGGUUGUGGGCAAAUCUGCAGUUGAGCUCAAAACUCGCUUGAGGCGAGUGGAACACUCUCUGUCUCCCUUGGACUAGAAACUUGUUUUUAUUUCGAACACAGAAGAGAGUCAACCAGCGUGAUUUUAGAAGUGGAUCUUCUUCUGGCACAGAACGAAACGACCAUAGCAGGGUGGAAUUUCCCUGUCAAAUAAAUCUCGAGACUUUGUUCAAACCAUGCAAGAUGACAACCAACCUCUGUUCCUCGAAUUCAAUGUAGAUGUCAAAUAUUGAGAUUCUGGAAACAAUCACGCUUAUCGUCUCUCAAUCAUUGAUACGUACUAGUUUAGUUUUCCAUUGAGAACCAUGACUGAAACCCACACUUGGCACAUAUCCAAUCAUGCCAGGCCCACUUUCUGCAAUGUCUGCAGAGAAACCCUGUCUGGGGUGACCUCUCAUGGUUUGAGUUGUGGGAUUUGCAAGCUCAAGGCUCACAAAUCUUGUGUUGCCAAUAUUCUGACGGUGUGCAAAUGGUCCACACUCGACACGGUCGAUCCCAAAUGCAUCACAGAGGAUCAGUCAGGGAAACAGAUGCACCACCAGUGGGUCGAAGGCAAUCUCCCGGUGUCCUCGAAAUGUGUGGUGUGUGACAAGAAUUGCGGAUCUGUGCUUCGUCUUCAGGAUUGGAGAUGUCUUUGGUGUCGUGCCACCGUCCACACCACGUGUCGAUCCAGUUAUAUUCAACAUUGUUCUUUGGGACCAACUCGACACGCCACUGUCCCACCCACCAAACUCAUCAAAUAUCCAGAUGGAACCUGGAAAGUCCAAUUGCCAUUACCUGGAUCACCCUUGGUGGUCUUUGUCAAUUCCAAAUCUGGUGAUGGGCAUGGUGAUCGCUUUCUUCGACGCUUCCGACAGAUUCUCAAUCCCAGUCAAGUCUUUGAUUUAUCUAAUGGGGGACCAACAUUUGGGCUAGAAGUCUUUCGAGGAUUAGCCCCGUUACGCUUAUUGAUCUGUGGCGGUGAUGGAUCCAUUGGUUGGGUCUUGAAAGAAAUUGAUAAUCUGCAAAUGAAGGCUGAGAGUGUCUGUGUAAGUGUGUUACCCUUGGGGACGGGGAAUGACCUGGCUCGCGUGUGUGGCUGGGGAGCGGCCAUUGAGGACGACGUGAAUCUGGUCAACCUUCUGGAAAAAUACGACGUGGGCUCGCCCAGGCUUCUGGAUAGAUGGAGCAUCAUGUCCGUGAAAUCACGGGCUUCCAUCUCGGAAGUGGCUCUCAGAGAGGCUCCCUCUAUUAGCGAACACCAAAACGCAUUGGGCGAACAGGUGGGAGACAUGAAAACCCGACUGAAUGACUUCCUCAACUCCAGUGGCUCUGAAGAAAUGGAGGAUUAUUUGGACGAGUUGCAGAGAGAAUUCUUUGUGCUUCAAAAGAUCUUGAGUGACGUCACGAAUUCGUCCGAGGAAAAAACAGAACUGUUUGGUGUUGCCAAUGAAACCUCAGAUCUGUUGGAAGACAUGGCAGCCAGCAUGGCCUCCAGAAAGGGCUCCAUUUCAACUGACAGCAUCGAAAAGGAUGAGGAUUCGAAUGUCAGUUACUCCAGGAACCCCGAGUCCAUGACGUCGGGAUCCUUGGUCAAAUUAGACAGCGAGUUCGCUUCCUCAACUGGAGAUUUGUACACCGGUCCGACCACUUCAAUCACACCUUCAACGUUCUCGAUGAAAGUCCCCCGGAGAUUGACCAAACAAACUGCUCUUGAUGUAAAUAAGAGCUUAAAGUCAUUGCUAAUGGAUUUAAAGACGAAAUUAGAACGACUUGAGCAGCUUUUAUUGGCUGCUGAUACGGAAGAGGAAGGUGCCGAUGAUGACCAAAAGCAAGCAGAAAAGGACCCCAUCAUACUUGUCACAGCGCCCUCUACGGAAAGCGAAGAGGACGACUACAGAAAGCAAGCUGUAUUCCCAGGUUCUGGUGGCAAGCUAUUCCAAACCAACAAUCUGCCAAGUCCCAUAAAGAAUGUUUUCUCCAAUUUCGGCAAAUCAGAAGGGGACAAAGCCCUAAGAUCCCCAAGCCAAGAUGAGCCUGGCUUUGAUCCCUCAUUGACAACAAGUUUUCCAUUUCCUCCCAUAAAGAUACCCGUCUGUGUUGCUUCAGUGAACUUGGAUGAUGUGCCUGGACAAGAGCCUCCAGUCUUACAAUUGGAGCCUACCCCCAGUAUUAAAUGCAAAAGAAAGCAAAGCAAUCAAUCUGACUUAGAUAAAGAGGACAAUCUGUCUGGAAAGUUAUCCAUGUCCUCCGUUACCUUAGAUUCCAUAUCUUCCAGCUCAUCUUCUUCAUCCGAAGAGGAUGAAGAGACAACAACAAGGCAAUCAAUAAAACGUCGCCCUGGGAGUCUUGUUCCAUGUUCACAGAACAAUAGCAAUAAACCGGUAGAAGUUCAACCUAUCCUCACAGCUGAUGAACAGCCUCAGAGUCAAGGAGGGGCUGAUCUUUUGUCUAUAUCACCCUUGCCUAGCCCAGGGUCAAGGCAUGGCAGCAUCUUUGUGGCAGCUGCAGAUCUUGGAGCGCCUUCGGAGUUCUCCGAUGGACUUCCAGUUUUGCGAAGGGCCACUUCCCAGAACAUGGCGGAUGAAGAUGAUGCUUUUGAAGCCAAGGAUUUGGCCACUGCUCAAGCCGAGUCAGCUGCAGCUGCACAAGCAACGCUUGACACCUUAUCACCACCGUCUUCAAUGACAGAUGGCGUCCCAACCAGAAGCAGAAGUCGAUUGUCGAGUCGUUUGUCCUCUGUUCCUGAAGACUCGACUGUGGAAAAAGGACCAUCACAAGCUUCGGAAUCAUCUGCUGGAGGCGCCACCGUGAUUCAAAAUGAAGACAGUGUCACCUCCAUCGAAUGUGACUACGAAUAUAAAGAACAAACAAUGGCUCGGCGACCUUCAGGAAGUAGAAGAUUAUCUGUCGGGGCCAUGGUGAGUCUAUCAACCUUGAGAUCGGAAACAGGGUCGAGAUUGAGCAACAAGACGAUUCCACUCAUCAAUCCUUUGGUGAAGAAUCCCAAUUGGCCAAACUUGGAUCACAGUUCUAGCCGGGGAUUAAUAUCCAUGGUGGUUUUGGCCUCUGCCGAUGCUCUUUGUGCCCCGGUCACACCCAUUAUGGAUUGGACACCGCCACCAGACAAAAUGGAGGAAAUUAGUGUGAUGAACAACUAUUUUGGAAUCGGUAUCGAUGCAAAGAUUAGUUUGGAUUUCCACAACAAACGCGAAGAGUCUUCCAAAUCCAGAUCCCGGACCAAAAACCUAAUGUGGUAUGGAGUUUUGGGCAGUCGGGAACUGGUUCAAAAAACCUACAAGAACCUAGAGAAACGAGUUAUUUUGGAAUGCGAUGGCGAGGCCAUCCCCUUACCCUCUCUACAAGGCAUUGUUGUGCUGAAUAUCCAGAGUUUCAUGGGGGGAACCAAUUUUUGGGGCAGUGCCAAAGAGGACAACAUCUUCCUUCCACCCAGCUUCGAUGAUGGAAUUCUUGAAGUUGUUGCUGUUUUUGGCUCCAUUCAUAUGGGCGCCUCUCGAAUUAUGAAUCUCCAACGUCACCGAAUCGCUCAAUGUCGAAGCGUUGUAAUCCGCAUCUUAGGUAACGAAGGGGUCCCCGUUCAGGUGGAUGGAGAGGCUUGGGUCCAUCCCCCGGGUAUCAUACGCAUUCUGCACAAAAACCGGGUCCAGUUGAUCUGCCGUGAUCGGACCAUGGAGCAACAAGUGAGAUCGGGUAGCAAUGCUCGGGGCUGGUAUCGUGAGCAUGCUCAUCCUGUACUUCUUCCCCUUGAUGAGGAGGAAAUGCAUCUCUUGCGAUCUCUGGUGGGGGCUGCCAGACAACUCCUGCACUAUUUGAUGCUUCUUCACCAUGCUCUAGAUGGGCGAGAAGGGCGAGAUCUGGCGUCAUUGGCCAAUAUUCUCCAAGAAUCCAUGGCCACGAUACCAUGCGACAAUGUUGUGAGUCUUCCUGCCGCCGAAUCAAGGCGACGUGCCGCUCUUUUCGUGAAUCAUUUGCGGAACUGCAUUGCAUCUUGUAAAAGGACUUUAGUAGAGAACUUGCAAGAGGCUCAAUCCGAUGUGGCUGGCAAACUAAGCCAGAGCAUUUAUUGGGUGGAGUCGAUCUUGAGCAAAUGUCACGAAGAAGGGGACCUUUUGUUCUUCACUAUCCGAACGGAUUCCAGUCAUGAUUCUGGUCGUCGAUCUUCGUGGUUUCGAUCGCUUCCACUUUUUGGUCGCAACAGCCAGCAGUCCUCGAGUGCAUCAUAUGGUGGCAUUGGAAUGCCAGGCUUAGGUGGAAUGACAAGCCAUGGAUUAUCCUCAGCUGCCACAGCUUCCUCGGGCAAAAAAUCUAGUAACUGUUUGGUAGAGGUGGUGCUCCAAUGGUCACCCCAAGAUGUCACCCAAUGGCUGGAGUCCAUUGGCCUUCCCAUGUACUCGCACGCAUUCCUGGAGCACGAAAUUAGUGGAACUGAGCUCAUGUCUUUGGAGAGGAGGGAUUUCAAAGACGUUGGAGUGAGCAAGGUUGGGCAUAUCAAGCGGCUACAACACAGUAUUAAGGACAUCCAACACGGGAAACUUCCUCCAAGGCUUCUUCAAAGCUCAUGCAUGGCCUCCACCAACCCACCCCUAUCAGACCCCAACCUUGACCCUAUUCAAGGGGUCCCAGUCACCAUUUCUGCGUCAGGAAUCCCCAUUGCUACAACCAACCUUCCAGGAUCAGGUCUGGGUUGCGGGUUCUCUACCAUAGUACCUACCACAAAAUACAACUAAGCAAGACUUAACUAUUCGCCUCUAGAUAUUCUGUUUUGAACAUCUCUUUUUUCCGUAUCUACCGCCCUGGAAUAAACUUACCAUCCCU